AUGCCAAACAGUGAUCACAGCUACAGCUACGGCUACGGCUACAGUGGUAGCAGGGGUGGGAGCAACAGUGCCGGCGCUAAGCGGGAGCGCUCGACUAGUCCGAAGGGCAGCCACAAUCGGCAUUAUCAUCACGGCAGUUACCACCGCUAUCGUGACUCCGAUAGCGGCCGUUCAUAUCACAGUGGCCGAAGUGGUGACGAGCCGCAAUACGUCAUCGCAGCCUCCGCACCGUGUCUGCAGGUACCGUCCGACCUUCCCGUCGAUGUCGCAGCCUUCAUCGAUCUUGUUGCAUUUUACAUCGUGCAAGGCGGUCCAACGGCGGAGGAGGAAAUUAUGCGACGGGAGGCGAACAACCAUCACUUUGCCUUUCUGCGUGGCACGUGGAAGGAUCCACAGCAGUUGUACUACCGCUGGCGACUGUACUCGUUGUUACAAGGCGAUACGUUGUUAAAAUGGCGAACGGAGCCGUUUCAGAUUGAGCGGGGGAAAGAUGCCUACGCAUGGAUCCCACCGCCGCCGAUAUCGAGUGGGCCAGAGUGCCUCCUUGGUGCCUGCACCGGAGGGCCUCGUGAAACGAAAGGUAAGCCCACAGACGGUAGUGGACGGAGUUCGAACGCCUCUGCAGUCGGCGCGGCGCGUCCGCAGCCGUCGGCCUUGUGGCUCUCGCGGAUGUGCGUAUCCGAGGGCACCUACUUUGUAGCGCUGGGGAAAGAGGAAGUGGAGAAGUGGGAGAAACUGCUCUCAAUGGACCACAUUGUGGAAGAACUGGGAGGAGUGGCGACUACUUCUACUACUACGACUACGGCUCCCCCUUCGUCAUCAUCGACUGCUGGAUCCUCUGCCACCUGUUGUGGGAUGACACUGGAGGAACGUAUAGGUAAGUUAGCUGCGUCGUUGCUGAAUGGUGAACGCAUAGCGGAGCGCAUGGUAUUCGCAGUUGAGCACCAAAAGGCCGCACUGCACUUGAUGAGCUUUAUCCUUGAUGAAGUCGUACGGCUAGCCUACGCAUCUGCCGACGCAGCAAGGGGGAACGGCAAUACCAACACCACGGUCGCUGCGAGGACAGGGAGUUGCAGUAGCGGUGGAAAUUCAUGUAGAAACCCUGCUUUUCUCGCUGCCGCCCGCUGCUGCAUGUGCUUGUCAUACCUUUUUACGCUGAAUGAUAUUGGAAGGAACGGUGGGGCACACCCGCUGUUAGAUGAAGAUGUGGCCAAUAUGGUGGCAUCACACGGUGGUCAUCAAGGCGGGGGCGCAAAUAAGCCAGCGGGCAGUGGGAAUAAUAGUAGGGGAACGAGUGCGGACCCUUCACUUGUGCCUCCCGCUUCCGUACUUGCAAACACUUCGGCACGUGGACCGCUGCCAUUAAUGCCAUUACCCAACACAGCGGUUAUAACGCCUACAGCCGCCAGCCAUAGUGUGCGUGCACUUAACCGUGCUGUAGAGAAAAUCAUGCCCACACUUAUUGAAGCCACGUUGCUUGUGGCGCUCAACACGGUUCGGCAAUAUGGAUCACUGCAGGUGGUUAAAGCAUUGGACGCUGACAAAAAUGAAGAGAAACCCCCCGGAGUGGAGGGGACGGAAGGAAUUCUACCGAUGGGUACUGACCAUACCGCACACCUGCAUGUGCAGGCCCGGAUAUCGACCACAGCCGUUUCCGCUGAUGUUAUGGACUUGAGGAAAGAGGAUCGAGACGCCGUCUGCAUGAUUGGUCUGUUGCUUUUGUCGUGGUUGAAGCAGCUGUGCUCCUCGUGGUCCGAUGGUGAUGUGAUCGGCAGCCGCUGUUGGAGUACGCUGGCGUCGAAAUAUAAUUUUCUGGUGUCGCAGACGAUUGAAACAACGUAG